AGGGCCUGUAGGAGGAUUAAACGUCAGACUCGGUGCCCGUGUACAAGACCUGAUAAAUUGAGCAAGGGAAAAUGGCGAGCUUGAUUUCAGCCAUCCACUGGGUCCCGCGGGGGAGAGCCGCCCAGUACCCCCAGCGAACGAACCUGAACAGCGAGGAAGAAGUCGCACGCAUCAGCGCACUAACCGGGUUGCAUUUUCAAGAUGCUCAAAAGCAGCUCGAGGAGGCGCAAAAAGCUGCACAGGGUAUGGGAAAGGCGGAUGAAGAGUGGGAGGACGAAGAAGGCAGCGACGGAGACGAUGAUGAAAAAAUGAGUGACGAUGCCGGAGAGCAAGGAAAGGUCAAGAACCAGGGCGAUGGAGAGGGUGAUGCAGCUAUGGACGAAGACCUGGAUGGCUUAAGCCGGUUUAAGCUCGACGACUACGACAAGGAGGAGUCAGGGGGAACACUGGGAGCCUUCAGCAACAUUAAGGGGCUAACAUUCCAUCGAAAUAACGACGAGGAUCCGUACAUCACAAUGAAAGACGACGACGCAGAUUCGCAAGAUUCCCGCGAGGCUCUGGAAGUAUACCCAACGGACAACCUCAUCAUCGCAGCAAAGACGGAAGACGAUAUCUCGCAGAUCGAUGCAUAUCUCUACUCCUCAUCCGAUUCGAAUAUCUAUGUCCACCACGACCUGAUGCUACCAUCGUUUCCAUUGUGCCUUGAAUGGCUCGAUUACCGGCCAGCUGCGUUUACCUCCAGUGCGGAUCAGAAUGAUGCGCCGGUACAAAUGGAAGGAGCUGCGGGUGCCAAAGCUGGUGACGUGGGGAAUUUCAUCGCCGUCGGUACCAUGGACCCAGAGAUUGAGAUCUGGAGCAUGGAUGUCGUAGAAGCCUGCUUCCCCGACGCAAUCCUUGGCCGCAAAGACUUGACGGAAGGUCUCAAUGCGCCGCUUGGGACGGGAAAGAAGAAGAAGCGACAGAUGAGGGCUCGCGUGCCCAACCCGACACAUCACGUCGACGCUGUGCUUGGACUCUCCUGGAACCGAACAGCACGUAAUAUUCUUGCGUCCGCCAGCGCAGACACUACUGUCAAGUUAUGGGACCUCUCGCGUCCCUGUUCGGGGGAGCACGGCUCAGCGUUGCGCUCCUUCGACAAGGUGCACACGGACAAGGUGCAAAGCGUACAGUGGAACACCUCAGGCUCGAGCUCCGGUGCAGGUGCCGGGUCAGCCGCAACGGUAUUGUUGACAGGAUCAUUUGACGGCACGUUGCGGGUAUUUGACAGCCGCAGUCCGGAAGCAGGUGUAUUCGCUAAAGUGGACUCUGACGUCGAAUGCGUCAAAUGGCAUCCAUGGAAGGAGAAUCAUUUCCUUGCAUCGCUCGAAUCGGGUCUGCUACAGAGUUUCGAUGCGAGGAUGCUUUCGAACGGGUCAGCGCAUAGUGCACAGAGCAGCACUGCUCUGUGGACGCUCUCAGCGCACACAGGCGCCUGCACCAGCUUUGACGUCAAUACCCUGAUUCCCGGCUGUAUCGUCACUGCUGGCAGCGACCGCCAGACCAAGGUCUGGAGUCUGACGGACGGCGUCGCUGAAGACAUUGGCGACGCGCGGCCAGCCAACAUCUCUCUUGUGGCCAAUAGGGACCUUGAUGCGGGCAAAAUCUUUUCAGUUGCCUUCUCGCCGGACGAGGCGAUGACGGUGGCCGUAGCAGGGAGCAAAGGCGUACUUCGUGUUUGGGAUGCGUUCGCAAACGUCGGGGUCCGCAAGACCUUUGGCGACCGGCUGAAGGCCCUGAGCAAGGACAAGAUCCCUGCGCUGGAUGGCCCUGAACCGAGCCGCGGAGACGGCGUCGUCAAGCUGGCGGAUGAGGACGAUGAAGAAGAAGAGGAGGAUGAAGACGUUGCUUAAAAUGUGUACAACGGGAGUGUACUCGUAUAAAACGCCAAGUGCAAGCCAUUAUCCUAGAGGCUUCGGCGGCACAUGCAACACACUGAUGCUGCCUCUUGAUAUUUUGCGAGCCUUUGCACAAAUCAUGGCGAAAAUCCUGUAUGGAAGUCGGUUUGAUAUCUUACAAGAGC